CAGAGUUGAACACACCUCAGCAAAAACUGAGAGCAAACUCACCAACAAGUAGGAGUUGCGAGAUUUAACUUUAACCUCAGAGGAUUGUGAAAGUCGCUAUCAGACUACGGGAAAAAAGAAUUUACCUGCUGACUCCGAGCUGACAGUUUUGUUGGACUUUCAGUUUUUUCCUGGAGUGAUCUGUUUUUGUCCUUUUUAAAAAUAUAUCUUGUUUUUAUUUUGGGGCACUGCUAAAGAGACGACGAGAGACUGAUUUGAUGCAUGCUCUCUGCUGACUCUGAAUAUUAUUGAUUUUCCAGUGACUGUGUUUCUAUAAGCAGCUGGUAAGCUUACAUUUUUUUCUACGACUUUAUGUCUACAAAGAUGGAACAGCCUUUUUAUCAUGACGAGUCUUUUCUGCCGCCUUACGACCACUCAGAUGCUGCAAUGCACGACUACAAACUGCUAAAGCAGAAUAUGAAUUUGAACUUGACAGAGCCCUAUCGCCUCCCGAAAUCGCAGCUGAGAGCCGAGGCAGACCCGUACCAGGGGGUGCAGCAGGACGUGGGGUCCCUGAAGCUCGCAUCCCCAGAACUAGAGAGGCUCAUCAUCCAAAACAGUAACGGUGUGAUCACCACUCCCACCCCGGGACAGUACUUCUACAACCGGGGCAUCACCGAUGAGCAGGAGGGUUUCGCUGAGGGGUUUGUGAAAGCGCUGGACGAGCUCCACAAGAUGAACCAGAUGCCCCCUCCGAAUGUGUCCAUCGGAGCCGGUGGAGUUACGACGUGUUCGGCGGCGGCCUCUAGCGUCUACGGCACCGCCUUGCAGCCGGAAACUCCUAUCUACACAACACUGAACGCCUUCUGCCCGAACACGAGUCUCUCUUCCGCAUCUAGUUUCCCCACAGCCACCAUCAGCUACCUGCCGCCUCACCAACAGAGCCACUCGCAGACGUCGACACACGGCGCCCACCACUUCCAGCACACUCUCCAGAGCUCCGGGCUCCAUCCGCAGCGACUCGUCAGCCUAAAAGAGGAACCUCAGACCGUGCCUGACCUCCUAAGCAGCGACGGUUCGCCUCCAAUGUCCCCGAUCGACUUGGAGACGCAAGAGCGAAUCAAGGCGGAGCGCAAGCGGCUGAGGAACCGACUCGCGGCAACCAAAUGCCGGAGGCGCAAGCUGGAGCGCAUCGCACGGCUUGAGGAAAAGGUGAAAGUUUUGAAGAAUGACAACGCGGGGCUCUCCAACAGGGCGUCGGAGCUUCGGGAUCAGGUCGCUCAGCUCAAACAGAAGGUCCUGACACACGUGAGCAGCGGCUGUCAACUGAUGCUUACUAGCAAAAUGGAAGCAUUUUAAUAAUAAUAAUGAAUACAAAAGGACUCAUGAGACUGAUAAGUAAUAACACUGGAGUUCUGCAUGCGCAGCACUGGAACAUCGGCUGAUGUGUUGCCUAGUAGGCCAAGUAGAGACAACUCUGUGCUGUUUCUGUAGGUGAACAAGACUGAUAGAAAUGGUACUUCCGGAUGCUGGACACCGCUCAUAAGACCAUUGAACCCUUGAAACCAGCAUCCAGGCCGAGCAGACACUGAGCAACACUGUGGGCGCGAGCCCACAACUCAAGUUUACUAAUGGUUGAAAAUGGGAAUGAUUUAUUGUACUACUUUGUACUAUCUUUUUCUUUUGCAACUGAUAUUUGUGAUGCAAUGCUGCAUUUAUUCAUUGUGUAAAUUAUUUCGUUUGCCCGGUUGAUCCAGACAAACAUAUGUCAAAUGUUUACAAUGUCUUUUUUUAUUUGUGAUGUGUAUUUAAGUAAAGUGACUUUAAAAUGAAAAA